AAAUCUGCCUGGAAAUCUUUAGGAUUCCUUGUAUGAUAUUUAUGAUAUGAUAUUCCUUAUAUGAUACAUAUAUGGUUGUUAGUAAAAGGAUAUAGGGAAUCCUUACCCAUCCCUCAAGAGUGGCCCCUCGGGUUUCUGCCUUGGCCAGAAAGGACCAAAAGUGUUAACUUGCUAAUGAGGAGGAGGAAUGGUAUAGAAAGGUGGUACCUUAGUGCUUCCUAUUCUCUAAGACAUCUUAAAGCCCUUAACACUCCAGCUGUUAAUUUUGCCAGCUUCCAAAGAUUACAGAAAAAUGGACCAUAAAUUCAGAAAUUAUGCAAGCUGUAUGACUUGCUGCAGGCUGCAAAUUUUUGCUAAAAUGGAGGAGUUAUAAUUAAGCAAGCCAAUGCAAGAAAUGAGCUAAGGCAGAGUAAACUGAAUUAUCAUGGAACAUUGCUUUUCCAUCUUAAAUUCUUCUAACAAAUCUUGGUUCUGAGGCUUUUUGUCCUGCAUUGUGGCCGCAGGUUUUUUUUGGGGGAAAAAAAAAUCUAACUGCCCACAACAUCUGGUUAAGAUUAGGGCAGUUUCCUGCCUAAGGAGGGAGGGGAAAGAGAAAGGAAGAAAUGCAUAAGGAAAGUGAGGCAAUAGUAAAUGUCUCAUAGAGAACAGGAAACACUGUUAACUUUUACAUUGUUCUCUUCUGACAAGAUCUAGAAAAGUGCCAGAAUUUAGGCAAGGAGGAGAAUGCCCUGAAGAAAUAAUCAAGACACAAAACUUAGCCAGAAAUCUCUCCUUUCUGUAUUCUGCAACCCCACUCCCACCUUGCCAGUACCUGUUCAUCUCCAAGCCUGCUUGGGACAGUGGAGGAGGCAGAGAUGAGUCCAUUCUGGUUGUACAGUUUGUACCCCUUUUUUGGUUGUCUGUGCAAGCGUGUGUAUGAGAGAGUGUUAUUUGAAUCUCCCUAGGUCAAAAUACUUGGAAUCAGAUGUACCAGUACCCCAUCGAAAUUUAGGCCCUCCUAUAAAUGAUUAAUUUAUCAUAUGAAAAAUCACCAUUCUCUGUUUCCCUUCCUCAUAUAGCUUACUUUUCGCUGCCUAAUGGUUCAGAGGAAGGGGUUCUUUGAGAUCAUGAAUCCCUGGAUUGUUACUGUGUGUGCAUGCAUUUUUCUGAUGAGAGGGACUAUGUACUUUUAUUAGUUUCUCAAGGGAGCCUAUAACUCCUAAAAGGUUAAGAGCCACCUGUCUAGGAAUAUGACUCCAGCUAUUUCCUAAUCCCAAGCCAGGCUGUGAACCUCCUGCCAAAUGAAAAGAGUCUCCCCUAAUUAUGCCCUUCCCUAGGAUGUGGGGACUCAAGGUUCUGCUGCUACCGAUGGUGACCUUUGCUCUGUACCCUGAGGAGAUACUGGACACCCAGUGGGAGCUAUGGAAGAAGACCCACAGCAAGCAGUAUAAUAGCAAGGUGGAUGAAAUCUCUCGGCGUUUAAUUUGGGAAAAAAACCUGAAGUAUAUUUCCAUCCAUAACCUUGAGGCAUCUCUUGGUGUCCAUACAUAUGAACUGGCCAUGAACCACUUGGGGGAUAUGACCAGUGAAGAGGUGGUUCAGAAGAUGACUGGACUCAAAGUACCCCCUUCUCAUUCCCGCAGUAAUGACACCCUUUAUAUCCCAGACUGGGAAGGCAGAGCCCCAGACUCUAUUGACUAUCGAAAGAAAGGAUAUGUUACUCCUGUCAAAAACCAGGGUCAGUGUGGUUCCUGUUGGGCUUUUAGCUCUGUGGGUGCCCUGGAGGGCCAACUCAAGAAGAAAACUGGCAAACUCUUAAAUCUGAGUCCCCAGAACCUGGUGGACUGUGUGUCUGAGAAUGAUGGCUGUGGAGGGGGCUACAUGACCAAUGCCUUCCAAUAUGUGCAGAAGAAUCGGGGCAUUGACUCUGAAGAUGCCUACCCAUAUGUGGGAGAGGACGAAAGUUGUAUGUACAACCCAACAGGCAAGGCAGCUAAAUGCAGAGGGUACAGAGAGAUUCCUGAGGGGAAUGAGAAAGCCCUGAAGAGGGCAGUGGCCAGAGUGGGACCCGUCUCUGUGGCCAUUGAUGCAAGCCUAACCUCCUUCCAUUUUUAUAGCAAAGGUGUAUAUUACGAUGAAAGCUGCAAUAGUGAUAAUCUGAACCAUGCAGUUUUGGCAGUGGGAUAUGGAAUCCAGAAGGGAAACAAACACUGGAUAAUUAAAAACAGCUGGGGAGAAAACUGGGGAAACAAAGGCUACAUCCUCAUGGCUCGGAAUAAGAACAACGCCUGUGGCAUUGCCAACCUGGCCAGCUUCCCUAAGAUGUAAUUCCAGACAGCCAACCCUGUCCUGGUAUUCCAUUCCUUCUAUGAUGGUACAAUGUAAUAAUGUACUUUGGAAGGGAGUUAGUGUGCCAUUCUUGAAGCAGAUGUGGUAGUACUGAAAUUGUCUCUUCAGUUUCCCCAUUGUUUGUACUUCAAGUGAUCCCUGCUACUUUUCUCCUCUCCACUGGAGUCUUUUUUCAUCAUGGCCACAGCAGGAAUUUCCCUGACAGAUGCGCACUCUUAGGCUAAGAGAUGUGACCACAGCCUGCCCCUGUGAGUUGUCCUGGGGCUGAUGCUGUCCAGAUAGAGGCUAGAGAUCGUCAUGUAGGCUAGAUUCUCAUUCACUAGGAUUAGUUAGCUUUAACCACCCUGGAGGACUAGGGUGACCUGACUUCUCAGUUUCCAAAUACCCUUCUUCUAUAUCCUCAAGGUAGAAAGUUCUGUAUUUUCCACUGCAAUUCAUAAAUCUAUUCGUAAGUCUUUGGUACAAGUUUACAUGAUAUAAGAAAUGUGUUUUCUUUUCCUUUCUUUGCAUUUUUGAAAUAAAGUAUUUAUCUCUUGCCUACAAUUUAAUAAAUAGUAUUUAGUACACAUUCA